AUUAAUGUUUUGGAUAGAAUUUUACUUUUGCAAACUCUAGAAAUAUGUCUGAGAGCGAUGAAAGUUUGAUUUGGAAAAUAAAAAAUGGCGAAUUGGAUGAUAUACAAUGCGCCUAUCAAAAUUCAAAUCGAGAUGUUAACAAAUGGGUCGGAGGACGAACUCCUUUACAUUACGCAGCCGAUUUUGGGCAAUUGAAAAUGAUCAAGUUCCUGGUUGAUAUUGGAGCCAAUGUCAAUAGCGAGGACAAGUAUAAUAUUACACCUCUGCUGGCUGCCAUCUGGGAAGGGCAUACAGACUGCGUUGAGUUCCUUCUGGAAAAAGGAGCGAACAGUCAGGGUAUCACGCCCAAUGGCCAGAGAUAUGUGGAUGCAGCUGAGAAGGAUGAAAUUAAAAAAUUACUAAAAAUGUAGGCCUACAAAUAAUAAGCAGAGAAAGUAUAAGGUUUCUUUUUGCUGUUAAAAUCAGUUAAAUAAAAAUGUAUUAUUAAAAUAAAAAUCA